AACAAUAAUUUGCUCCAACAUAAAACAUCUAAUAUAAAAGACAAAAAUAUUAAUGAAACUAUGUUUUAAAUGUUUAUGAAACUAAAAAAAAUGGAAAAAUGAAAAUAUAGUUUUAUUAAAAAUAAAUAAAUAAUGAUUUUAAAUAACUAAAACAGUUUAGCUAGAGAACGAAACUUUUACACAAAAUAUACAGGAAUACUUUUUCUUCAAUAACAAAUGCAAACGGAACUAUCUAUCUAAAUUUCGAAUCGUUCUAUAAAACAAUUAUAUUUUUUAGUUUUGAAGGUGACAAAAACUAAAAGAAAACACUGGACCCCCUAAAAAAUUCCAAAAUUAAAAAAACUCACAAAAACCUGGUAAUCAAUUUCAAAUUAAAAAAAAAAAAAAAAACAUUCAAAAUGAAACGUGUUUGGUUUACUUUUAAAAUAAUUGAAUCAAUUUUGGGUUUGUGUUGUUUGGGUUAUCAUGCACGCGGUUUCCUAAACAUCACCUACAUACAAAGUCACUAUACAUAUGUAGCGGUAUUUGGUGGUUUUUCUCUAAUGGCCAUGUUUGGUUGUUUAAGUAUAUGCCUUAAAGAGCCCGUCUCAGCAUUGCGUGAAGGUUUAUUAAAUUGUAUUGCAGCCAUAGCAUUUAUAUUGGUGUCACUGAAUAGUAUGUAUCAUGCCGAAAAGGAUUUCCAUUUAAUGUAUUUAUCUGCCGAUGUUGCGGACGAUAUUGAGGAGGAGCAUUUGGAAGAAGUGGAAUUGACACAGCCGCCACAUCCAUUUUUUAAAUAUUCUAAGGCACAAAGUGUAGCGGCUUUAUGUUGUGGUUCUUUAUUUCUGUUACAUGCAAUUUUGGCAUUUGAUUUGUCAUGGAGCGGUGGUGGAGAGUCGUUUGAGGUGAGUGAUGAUGAUGAUGAGAUUGAUGAAGGUAGUAUAGCAGAGGAGGGUGAUAAAGUUCAACUGCGAUUGCCCUAUUAUGUUUUUGGCAAAAAAGUUCACGAAUGGUUAAAUCAUUAUGAAUGGUUUAAUUCAUUAGCUGAUGUAACGGUCAACAAUAAAAAUAAUGAACAAGAAUUGAAAGAAGUUCAUUUUCGAUAAAUUAUAUUUUCGUCGUUCCUUUUUCAGAAAAUUUUAAUAAAUUUUUAUAAAUGAUUUUGAAGAAAAUACAUUAAAUAAAAUGUCA